AUGCUCAUGCAGCCUCAGUCAACCAGCAAUGUCUCGUCACGCUCUGAAUCAAUACAUGGAAACGACCAGGCUGGUUAUGGCUCUGUUCAUCAACCUUCCUCUGGCGCUACUCCCCCUCAGAGCGAGGAACAAGAGGAGUUUCGUGAUAUAUUCUCUGAGCUUAUGACCGGCACUGAACAUGAAAUGUCUUUCUUGGUGAGAUACUAUGCCGACUCUUUGGCGGCUUGGUACGUUCCCCUCCCCUUAUGUUCGAACACUAAGCUUAUGUUGAAAAGGCUCGAUCUUUCAGACACGGGGAACUUCUUCUCGGCAUAUGUUCCAGUACGGGCUAUAGAUGAGGACUUUCUAAGGAAUGCGAUCGCAGCAUUAUCCGCCAAGCACCUUGCGAAGAUGAAGGGUGUGACUGCUGCGAGUAUCAGUGGAAUGUUCACAUCAGCACCCCAAAUGGAAACAUACCCAAACGCGCAGCAAGUCGACUGGUCUUUAAAGGCAGCCAAUUAUUAUUAUCUUGCCGUGUCACAUAUGAGCUCGUCCAUUUCUGACUACGCGAGUGUAUCGUCGUCAGCUGCACUUGAAUCACCGAUCGCCAUCGCCAAUCAAUGGCUGAGCCUCCAGCUAAAUCAAAUGGAACGUACAACAGACAACACUCUCAGUGAGGCAACCUCCAAGAAAGCCGAGAACUUACUUGCGACCUCUACGAUUCUCACAGUGUAUAAGAUCUUGGACGAGCCCGGAGAAAACUGGCAAUCAUAUCUCACCGGCAUCAAACCGCUGUUUAGCCAGGUCCUUAGCUUUGUUGGCGAAAGUGCCGAAUCAAGAGCGCAGUUUUCCCCUGGUAUUACCGCGGUUUUUUGGAACUUUGCCAGGCUGGACUAUCAAGCGUCGUACUACAACAGGCUACCGACACAUCUUGACCCAGAAGACCUCGUCUUGUGGAGAGCAGCGGGUCUGUCGCUCGACGACCAGGGCAAUGGCUCUUUGAUGUCCAGCACUCACCUUUUCACCCGCGAAGACAUCGCAACAAACGUGCUCACUCGACUCUUGAAUAAACUUACAAACUUCCUUGCGGCCUCGAAGAGAUCUCAACUCGAGCACUGGGUCGGCCGACCAUCCGAGUCCCCCAACCACAGCCCGACAAACCCUUCCUCCCCUAGCAUGCAACCAACAACGGCUACAUGGCUAAAGCUCUCCUUUGAAUUCCAAUCCUGGGUCGAGCGGAUGCCCGAAACAUUCCGCCCCUGCCUACGCCUCGAACGCCCAAAGCCCAUCCCGCCCGACGCCGCACCCAUGCCCUUUCCGGAAAUCUUCUACAGUCUGACUUCCUGCGCCUCGGCAAUGCAACAGUACCACUUUGGCCGACUCGCUCUGUCACUCAAUCGCCCCGUGGAUGAAGUCUCUGGCCCGAGCACCGCGUUUGAUCGGCUGCAGGGGUACCGUGAGCUGACGAAGGAGGUCGACCAUCGCUGUCGAGAGAUCUGUGGUGUUGCACUAGGUCGACCGCGUGGCGCUGCUCGGGUCCAGAUGAUUACCUUACUCUAUGCUGUCGGACAGUGUAUGGAGAAGCCCGAGGAGCGACAGAUUGUUAUCGACUUGUUGCGUGGUAUUGAGGCGGAUUUGGGAUGGUCUACUGCGAUGCAGGUGCAGAAGCUGAAGCGGUAG